AUGGACAUUGUAACAGUAUACAAAAAGCCGAGAAGGCAAUUUGGAAGAUACUGUGGUCAUUUUGUAGAUACCGAGCCCGAAACGAUCAUUGAUAUCAAACCGAGCGAGGAAUACAAGGCAAAAUAUAUAACCAGAGAACCAAGAGCGGUUGGUGUUCAAGCUGUGGCAGAAUUAUCUGAUCACUUUACCAAUACCGAAACUCAUGAAUCAAAAGAGCAAGGAAUGAAUCACCUCGAAGGAGGAUGGCCAAAAGAUGUCGACACAGCAAAAUUAUCGAGCAAAGAGAGAUAUAUCAAAAAAAUCGAAAACAACAUUGAGGAUUUGAACUCAUUCAUUGCAUUAAGGGAUUCAGCAGAGUACUACAUUCAACAGAACAAUUCAAUUAACAUUUUUGGCAGCUACUUUAAAGAAAAGACUUUGGAUUUCGGCAGUGAGCGAUCCAUGGUAAAAACAUUAUCCGUGUUCAAAGAUCCAUGUCAAGACAAGCGAACAGUCUCUAAGAUUUCUUGGCUUCCUAGUGACGGCUCAAAACUGGCCGUUGCGUAUGCUAACCUAGAUUUCCAAAGUUCAAGCAAGAAAAUUCCAACAAACGCCUAUAUUUGGGAUGUCAAUAAUGCCAACGAACCUGAUGUAACAUUAACUCCCUCUUCUCACUUAGUUUCAAUAAGAUAUAAUCCUAAAGAUAAUAACAUAGUUGCUGGCGGUUGCUACAAUGGCGUUGUUUGUAUAUUUGACACCAGAAAGGGGGGUGAGGAAGUGUUAAUUUCAGACCUAAAAACUAGUCAUAGAGAUCCAAUUUAUGAUUUACAAUGGAUUCAAAGCAAGAGCGCCACUUUUUUCAUCACCACAUCCACAGACGGUCAAGUGCUGACAUGGGACACUCGAAAUUUGUCAAAUCCAGUUGACUCUGAAACUAUGGAAUUAAGAAUUCCUGACGAUAAGAAUGCCGAGUGUAAACUGCAGGGCUUACUAGGAGGAGAGUCCAUUGACUAUGAUGUUUCAUACAGUCCAACAAAAUUCAUGAUAGGAACAGAACAAGGUGCUGUUAUUAGCUGUACAAGAAGAAAGAAUAAGGGAACAGCUGUAGAUAAAGUUUAUUAUGGACAACACCAUCACCAUGGACCAAUAUAUUCCAUUCAACGAAAUCCAUUCCUUCAGAAAUACUUUAUGACAGUCGGCGAUUGGACCAUCAAGAUUUGGAAUGAAGAUAUUUCAAAUGAUCCAAUUAUUUCAACGAGGUAUGACGACAGUUACAUCACGUCAUGUCAAUGGAGCCCUUCUAGGCCAGGUGUCUUUUAUACCACAAAGAUGGAUGGAACUCUCGAUGUGUGGGAUUAUUUAUACAAGCAAAAUAAGCCAUUGUUAUCGAUUAGAUUAUCAGAUCAAGGACUUCAUUGCUUGAGCAUGUAUGGUAAAUAUAUCGCAGUUGGAGGAAGGGAUGGAUCAACUAGGUUGCUCGAAGUGAGCGAAGGUUUGCGAGGAGAGGACAAACAGCAAGUGCUCGAGGAAAAGGAAUACAUCAACAAUAUGUUGGAGCGAGAAACAAAGAGAGAAAGAGCUCUCGUUGACAACAGAAAGGAAAGUGAACAAGCCCAAAAACGACUGGAGAUGAAGAAGAAACAAAAAGAAUCUUCGAAAUCUUCAUUUGUAAUUACAAUUAAUGAGGAUGAGCUUCAAGAAGAUGAGCGCUUAUUUUUGGAUGCUAUUAAGGUGAAAUAA